AUGUCUUAUCACCAUCACCCUCAUGACAGUCCGUAUUAUGCCCAUCUCAUACAGACCAACAAGAACAAUGGCGCCGGUGACUGGCAUCGAUGGAUAGUGGCCGCUGCCUCACGCGAAGACAUGAAACGAUUCUUCCGAGGGCUGCAAAAGUAUUCCAAAACCAGCGGCGCAAGAAUUACCGAAGUGCAUCCUACCAACCUGGCUUGGUGGACCUUCAGCUCCCCAGACGGCUACAACGUGAGGAGUCUCGCUAUAGCAAUCUAUCGAGACAAUCCCUCUUGGUACAACAAUGUCCAAGAGUUGACUGAUAGUUUCGGCAAAAUCACCGUCACAGUCUUGGACGAUGCGGGCGGACGAAACUGGCCAAUCUUUCCUACCCAGGACGUUUCACUGAAAGACUUUUGA